CCCCCCAUGGACUAGCUUCCUCUCCAGGACCAGGGAGCAAUCACAGAUGCCCCGACCUUGGCUUCCUUUGCUCGGGAGAGAUUGAAAGGCCGAGCGCCCAAAACAGGCCCCUGGCUUCCCCCUUCUCCUGAGCAGGGACAGAGAGACACAGGCCCAGGACCCAGAGUCUGACUUCCUCUUGUCCCCAAAUGAGCAUGCCUACCCUUUGCGGGCAGGUUUGGGUCUCUCACGCAGAGGAAACCAAAAGCCGUGAGAGGGAGGGAAGGCAGAGCGGCCAAUCAGGGACAGGGUGAGGCUCAAAACCCUGCAGGCUCCCCCAGGGAACCCCACCGAGGCCUGAACCAUGGCUGAGCUACAGCAGCUGCAGGAUUUUGAUAUCCCCACGGGCCGGGAGGCUCUGCGAGGCAACCACGGCGCCCUGCUGCGGGUGGCCAACUACUGCGAGGAUAACUACUUGCAGGCCACAGACAAGCGAAAGGCUCUAGAGGAGACCAUGGCUUUUACUACCCAGGCCCUGGCCAGUGUGGCCUACCAAGUGGGUAACCUGGCUGGACAUACUCUUCGAAUGCUGGACCUACAGGGUGCUGCUCUGAGACAGGUGGAAGCCAAGAUCAGCACGCUGGGCCAGAUGGUGAACAUGCAUAUGGAAAAGGUGGCCAGAAGGGAGAUCGGCACUUUGGCCACUGUCAUGCGGCUGCCCCCUAGCCAGAAGGUCAUCGCUCCUGAGAGCCUGCCUCCCCUCACUCCCUACUACAGAAAACCCCUCAACUUCGCCUGCUUGGAUGACAUUGGCCAUGGAGUCAAGGACUUGAGCACGCAGCUGUCGAGGACCGGGACCCUAUCUCGCAAGAGCAUCAAGGCGCCUGCUACACCUGCUUCCGCCACGCUGGGGAGACCACCCCGGAUCCCUGAGCCGGUGCAGCUCCCGGCAGUGCCGGACGGCGGCAAGCUCUCCGCGGCUUCCUCUGCCUCUUCCUUGGCCUCGGCAGGCAGUGCAGAAGGCGCCAGUGGGGUCCCCCAGCCCAAGGGACAGGUAGCACCUGCGACCCCGCCUCCUCCACCUGUAGUACCUGCAACCCCGCCUCCUCCACCAAUCUCUGCUGAGGUCUUCUUGCCUCCCCCUCCGCUGGAGGUGUCCCAGCCUCCUCCGGAAGCAGAGUUGCCCCUGCCCCCUCCUCCAGCCCUAGAGGAGGAUGAACUGGGGCUGCUGCCUCCUCCUCCGCCAGGUUUUGGACCAGAUGAGCCCAGCUGGGUCCCUGAUGCCUACUUGGAGAAAGUGGUGACAUUGUACCCAUACACCCGGCAGAAGGACAAUGAGCUUUCCUUCUCUGAAGGCACCGUCAUCUGUGUCACUCGCCGCUACUCAGAUGGCUGGUGUGAGGGUGUCAGCUCAGAGGGCACUGGGUUCUUCCCAGGGAACUAUGUGGAGCCCAGCUGCUGACAGCCCAGACCUGUACUCCCCAACACCAAGCCAGCACUGCCUCGGCGGGCCUCGUGAGCCCCCAAGAAGCCAGCUUCCACAGUCAAAGCUGGACUGCCUGUCUACCUCUUGGGUUUUUGCGAACUGGAUUCAGUCCCUACUCCACACAGCAGAGGAAAAG